CUACCAGGCAAAGAAACCAGAGAUCAUCCAUCCAUUCAUCCAUCCAUUGAUACGACCAGCAGGAACUCACAGAGAAACAUGCAUCUCUCUUCAAUUCCCAUCUGCGGCCUCUUCCUCAUCUUAAACCUGCAGCUGUCCAGCACAUAUCCCAUCAGCACCGGCUUGACUGACACUGACAUGGACAUCUUAAAGGUGCUCCUUAACAGACUAGAAGAGUCAGUUCCUGAUGUGGACCAGAGAGUCCCUGCAGGGAGGGACGAUCUGGACAGCUUGAACGUAGAGGAGCCAGCAGACGGACAGCAGCCCCAAACUGGACUGGAUGAGGCAGCGAUCAGGGAGUUUCUCUCAGCAAAGAACCUGAAGAGCGUGCGCAACGACUCGUCCAAGAAAUCCUCAGGCUGCUUCGGUCGACGGAUGGACAGAAUAGGCUCCAUGAGCUCUCUGGGGUGCAACACUGUCGGCAAAUACAAUCCAAAGUAAAGAUGAAGUCUUAUAAUCUGGAACUGCAACGUCUCUACCAAAAGAUAUUUUUAUUUGAAUGCUAUUUAUUUACUAAUAUUUAUUGAAUAUUGUUGGUGGCUUAUACGUAUAUUUAUUUUAAAUUCUGUAUGUACUGUUGAAUGAUUUAAUAAAUGUUUACAACUGCA